GCUAGGGGGCGCCGUAGGCUGCCCGGCGCGCAGCUCGCUGCCCGGGAGGGCCGGGGCGGGAGGCUGCGGCCAUGGACCGCUUCGUUUGGACCAGCGGCCUCCUGGAGAUCAACGAAACCCUAGUGAUCCAGCAGCGCGGGGUGCGAAAACGACUGCGAGGAGAAGAUAAAAUUUGAUGCUGGGACUCUCCUUAGUACACACCGACUGAUUUGGAGAGAUCAGAAAAAUCAUGAGUGCUGCAUGGCCAUUCUUCUUUCCCAAAUUGUGUUCAUUGAAGAACAGGCGGCUGGAAUUGGGAAGAGUGGCAAAGUAGUGGUUCAUCUUCACCCAGCUCCUCCUAACAAAGAACCUGGCCCGUUCCAGAGUAGUAAGAACUCCUAUAUCAAACUGUCCUUCAAAGAACAUGGCCAGAUUGAGUUUUACAGGCGUUUAUCAGAGGAAAUGACACAGAGAAGGUGGGAGAAUAUGCCAGUUUCCCAGUCAUUACAAACAAAUAGAGGACCCCAGCCAGGAAGAAUAAGGGCUGUAGGAAUUGUAGGUAUUGAAAGGAAGCUGGAAGAAAAAAGAAAAGAAACUGACAAAAACAUUUCUGGGGCCUUUGAAGACCUCAGCAAACUAAUGAUCAAGGCUAAGGAAAUGGUGGCGUUAUCAAAAUCAAUUGCUAAUAAAAUUAAAGACAAACAAGGUGACAUCACAGAAGAUGAGACCAUCAGGUUUAAAUCCUACUUACUGAGCAUGGAAAUAGCUAACCCAGUUACCAGAGAAACCUACGGCUCAGGCACACAGUACCACAUGCAGCUGGCCAAACAGCUGGCUGGAAUAUUGCAGGCGCAUUUAGAGUUGCUCUCACCUGAAGAUUUAGUGAAUGCAUGCAAAAUGCUGGAAGCACUGAAAUUACCUCUCAGGCUCCAUGUGUUUGACAGUGGCGUCAUGGUGAUUGAGCUUCAGUCUCACAAGGAAGAGGAAAUGGUGGCCUCAGCCCUGGAGACAGUUUCGUCAAAGGGAUCCCUAACGUCAGAAGAGUCUGCUAAGCUCGUGGGAAUGUCUGUCCUCCUGGCAAAAGAAAGGUUGCUGCUUGCAGAGAAGAUGGGCCAUCUUUGCCGUGAUGACUCAGUGGAAGGCCUGCGUUUUUACCCAAAUUUAUUUAUGACACAGAGCUAAGGGUUUUGUAUUUAAAAUCCUUUGUGUCAUAUGCUUGCGUCAUGUAGAGGUUGUAUGACAUUGAGCUAAGAGAUGAACCCUGAUCAACUGAGAAUUUAUUCGAACUUCACAGUGUAAUGUAAAACUCUUGUAAUUUCUCACUAAAUAUGGUCCAGGAAAUUUAUUUAGGAUACACAUAGGAAAAUACAGAAAAGUGAAUGCCAACAUGACUUUAAAAUCAUGCUAUAGUUUUAAAAUCAUGCCUAAGUUUAAUUGAAAUAUAGUGCAUUUUAACUUGAUCCUCAAAUCUAAUUAUUUUGUAAAGAAGGGAAUUUAGUUUUGCAGAGAAUAAAAAGAGAAGUUGCAUGUUCGAACAGGUUAGAUGAUUAUUUGGGUGUGACUGAAAUUCACCAAAUUAUACAUGACAAUGUUGGGACAAAAUAUCAUACUGCAGCAUGCUAUAGGAGGCUUCUGCCAAGGGCUUUUAGAAGGAGUCAUAGGCAUGUCUUUAACAUACCAAAUAAAACACCUUUAAAAAUGAAAGAAUUUUAUUUGAGAUAUAUAUAUAUAUAUAUAUAUAUAUAUAUAUAUGUAUUCCAUCGUAUGUGUGUGUGUGUGUAUAUAUAUAUAUGUGUAUAUAUACAUAUAUAUUACAGCUAGUGCAUAGAUAUAUUCCAUCUAGGGUGUAUGUAAACACACAUACACACAUAUUCCGUCUAGAGUAUGUGUGUGUCUCUAUAUAUGUGUAUGUGUAUAUAUAUAUAUAUAUAUAGAGAGAGAGUGAGAGAGAGAGAGAGAGACACACACACACACACACACAAACACACACACAUCCACACACACAUAUAUAUAUUCCAUCUAGUCUCUUUUUGUUUUUUUAAGUGAUGAUUUCAUGGCUGGCAUUUAAAGAACGCAACUGUGUCAUUUUGUUUCCAAAUGCUGUGGGUUUUGAAACUGCACUAGAGAGCUGUAUAGACAUGCCCAGAGUUAUGAUUACAAAUUUAGGAGGUAGACAGCUCAGGAAUUCCCUGGGUUGUUGUGCCGGUGGAAUGGCAGAGGGAACCUUUAAAUAACUUCACAGGAACCUUAGUGCUCUUUUACCUCAAAGCCACAGACAGAAAAUAGAGAAUGGAAAAGUAAUGUCUCCUUUUCUUUUCCAUCAGGAGUUUCAACACUGAACUUUAAAAAGUCUCUCUCAUAUUCCCGCAAUAUUUUUUUUCUUUGUCGUUUUUCAGUUGUAUAGAAAAACUAUUUUGGUACCAGGUGUUACUGAGAUAACAACUGGCUAAUACUGCAUGCAGAUUGCUUAAAUGUUAAAGUGACUGCCUAACUUCACAUGUUACUGCUCUAUAGCCUCCAGUAUUUUGGCAUUAUCUCAAACUCAGGGACCCCACAGGACAGGAGACUCCCGUUCUGAAGCUGGGUUGGAAGUGAAAGGGUAGUGAUGGUUUUGGCCAAGCCUGCGGGAGGGAAAGUAUUGUAUUGGGAGCACCCUUGGGACCAGGAGGAGGGAUGCCCAGGUUCACACUCUGGGUCCCCUAAGACAUUGCCAGUGGGUAAUGUGGAGGGCCACCUCCAGAGCCUGCUGAAGUGCCCUCUGGGAAGUACCAUGGACCUUCAGCUGUAGACCGAGGGGAUCCCAGUCCCUUAUCCCUAUUUAAAAAGUGGCUAUUGUUCCUUGGUGUCCUCCAGUGUCACAGGAAUGCUGUGCCUGAGACAUCCUACUUGGUUUUUGUUUUCCAAACCUGUCACUGACUCUUCAAUUGUGUGACAGAUCCUCUGGUUCCCCCAUUGGUCAGCCUCAGAUUUAUUUUGAGGGUAACUCAGUGUCUGACUGCCCAAGUCUUUUGAGGGGUUAGUUGGACCAUUGUGUGAAACUUGUUUGUGUGUCUCACCUCUUUCUGGGUGGUACUCACUGUCUCACAGUGCUCUGGCAAACUUGUACACUCUCUACUCUCUCUCUCUCUCUUCUCUCUCUCUCACACACACACACACCUGGCUAAGGCUUUUAAAAUUAUAAAGAUAAAUAAUCUGUUUCACCAGUUGGAGUGAGUUGCAAGGAAGAUUGCUGGAGCUAUUAGAUCUAGCUCUCAUGGUUUGGAUUCAUUAAAGCAAACCUACAUAAUUUAACAUAUUUGUUUACUUUAGUUUGACAACUGAUGAACAAAAAUGGAGCAAUCUCAAUUGUAUAAAGUGACCUAAGAAGGAAGACAAGUGACAUAUAAAUAUAUUUUACAAAUGUCAGAUUAAUUUAAAAAUGAGUAUGAUUGGUUUUAUUAUUUUUAAAGUGGGCAUUCUUCACUCUUUCUAGACCUUUGUAUGUAUUUGUGUAUUUUUAUCUUUUUUUUGGCCAUUAUUAUAAGGUGUUAUUUUGGCCCUCUAAUGUAGAAGUUAUGUUUAAAUAUAACCAAUCAGGCCCUAAGUGCAAAAAAAGUUCUGUCUUGGUGCUUAUCAUCACUGGCUUAAUUGUUAUUUUUUUGUUUUCCUAACUUUGCUCUUAGGAGCAUGAAUCUCUUUGUAGCUUUAUGGUAAUGCAAUAUUUCUAGUCGUUUACUGUGAAAAACUUUUUUACAUUGUGUUGGUGAAGAUUAUUGUAGGGUUAAAUGAUUGGUAAUAAUGUAUAUAGAGUAAAAUUAUUACAAAAAUUAAAAAUGGUUUCUCUUGGCAUUCCUUUUUAAUACUCUGAAAAAUAUAUGAAAAUGAUAAACUUUAGUCAUACGAAAGCCAGUUAUGUUAAGAACUUUUCCUUUGGAUUUUAUACUCAGGAGUUGCUUAUAAAUGUUUAUGACAUUGAGCUCUUACUGUUUUAAUUGUCUUAAAAGAAUGGGACAUGUCUUGAACUGGUUUGGUUUUUAAAAAAUUCUUAUGUGAAUUCCACUGUUGCUGACCAUGUAUAUUCAUAUGAAUGUACUCUUUCUUGUUCCUUGUUAUCAGAUUAAUCUGAGAGAACGUGGAUCAUCCUGUCAUCAUUCUCAUGCUCAAAUACUUAAAAUGGUUCUUUUGCCCAAAAGUCUCAGGGUCUUCAUUUUGGUACAGUGGAGUCACAACUUGUAAGGUGGUUAGGUUUUAAAGGCCUUGCCUAAGGACUAAAUCGAGCAUGCUCAAAAUGGUCCUUGAAAAUCUCCUAAGUUACCAAUAAAGUUCUCUUUGUAGUCUUAAAGUUUAAAUUCCAUCAGAGUUAUAUGUAGGUAUGAACACAUUUUGCUUAUAUUAAGUACAAAAAUACAAACUGUGUGUCAAGAGUAGAUUCUUAUAGCAUUAAUUUAUGGGCAUGUGUCUUUUUCUAAGAGGUAUGGUUGAAUUUACACAAAUUGAUUGCUAAUCCCAUCCCUUACGGUCUAGAGUUUCAGCUGCACAAGGGCAGUGGUUUUUAGCUGGUUUGUUCAUAGAUAUAUCCUCAGAGCCUGGAACAGGGCCUGGCACACAGUAAGCAUUCAAUAAAUAUUUACUGAAUGAAUGAACUCUGACCUAUAUUCCUAUGUAUAAUUUGAUUCCACUUUAUCCUACUUUAGCUCCCAUUCAAUUCAAUGAAAAAAACAUUUUUUUUAACACAUA